UGCCCUUAUUUUUUUUUGACCGCCUGGCGCUGCGCCGCUCUGAAGAGAGAAAACCUGUCGUUUUAACAGUUCACCUGCUUUGUUUGGACACCUGAACCUUUAACUCUGUCAGACCGGACUCCACAAUGCUUUCUCCGAGGCUCCUGCUGCUCCGGUCCGCUGCGUCCUUGACGGCCCGGUCGCUCUGCACAGGCGGGGUGUCAAACCGUGGCAGGGCACCGGACAUGGCUGAUGGAAAUCCACUUUUACACGUGUCAAAUGUGCGGAACAGGCUGAGAGAAAUCGUGGGAGCUUCCACUAACUGGAGUGACCACCAGCAGGCCAUGGCAGAGCGAGUGUCGCUGUCAUCCAUGUUGGCAAAGUCUCAGGACGACCUCCCGGCAAAGACGAUCAAAGACAGUUACCUGGAGGUUCACCUGCCUCUGGGCUCCGAGCCGAUGCUCAGGGAGAAAUAUCUGACCUUCCACAACACUGUCAGGUUUGGUCGAAUCCUAGAGGACUUGGACAGUUUAGCAGUCCUCAUAUCUUACUCUCACACCUACAACCCGGUGCUGAAGAGGUCUCCUCUGUCUAUUGUCACCGCCCUGGUGGACAAAAUUGACAUGAGGCAGCACAUCAUCUAUCCUGACUGCGACAUCAAGUUCACUGGUCAUGUGACGUGGGUGGGACGGACAUCUAUUGAAGCCAAGAUGCACAUGUCACAGUACCGUGACGGAGCUUAUGCCCCAGUUCUGGAUGCUACGUUUGUCAUGGUGGCCCGAGACCCAGAGAACAAGAGGGCAGCGUUUGUAAAUCCACUGAAGCCAGAAGGACCAGAGGAGGAGAAGAUUUUCCAGGAAGGAGAAGCGAAUAAAUCCCGCCGUGUGGAGCUGAGCACCGCGUCGUUGCUGAAGGUUGCUCCCACAAAUGACGAGAGGGAGAUUGUACACAGUCUGUUCCUUAACACCCUGGAUACAAAGACGGUCAGUUUCCGCAGCAGAGUUCUGCCUCCAAACUCGGUGUGGAUGGAAGACGCCAAACUGAAAGGACUGGAGAUCUGCCACCCUCAGGAGAGAAACAUCUUCAACAGGAUAUUUGGAGGUUUUCUGAUGAGGAAAGCCUACGAGCUGGGCUGGGCCAACGCCUGCUCCUACGGAGGAUGUCGGCCGAGUCUGGUGGCUGUGGAUGAUAUCCUCUUCCAGAAGCCAGUGGAGAUCGGCUCCUUGCUGCUGCUCUCAUCACAGGUGUGUUACACACAGGGGAAGUACAUCCAGGUCCGAGUUCACAGCGAGGUGUUCGACCCUCUGACCCGGCAGCACAACACCACCAACGUCUUCCACUUCACCUUCAUUUCAGACCGCGAUGUCCCCAGCAUCAUCCCAAAGACGUAUGGAGAGUCCAUGUUGUACCUGGAUGGAAAGAGACACUUUAACCAAACUGUGGAGCCCUGAGAGAUCAAAUCCAUUUCCUGUUAAAGCCUUUCAGCGUCUGACCAAUGAGGUCUAAGUGUGUGUGUGUGAGUGUAUAUCACUUUAUAUCAUGCCUUACUCGUUUUUACUCAUUUUUCACAGCCCACGUGGUGACUGUGUUUGAGUCCUGUUACAUUAUUUGUUCCGGAGGUUUGCAUUUGUUGUUGUGUUUGUACCACUACAGCAGAAACACAAACACUUUUUAAAAUAAAUUUUUACUUUAUUUACUGUUACUAUAACAGUUGUAACCUGAGUUAAAGAAACCAAGUCAGCCAGUCAGUGUUUACCGAGUCUCAGCUGUCAGACUUGACCAGAGAAAAUAAAGCAAAACUUUAGCUUUCUGGUCUUGUUGUAAUCUCAUAUAUUCCUGAUUCACUGUGCGCACAACUUCACAGCACUGUAUGUUACAUUUUUAUAUUACACUAUUGCUUGUAUGCACAAAGCUACUUUACUUUGCUUUUUGUCCUGAAUGUGUCAGACUGCUGCUACAGGAAUGAUGGUGUCAAGGUUUUGGCUCAAAUGCAAUAAAUGAAGUCUUAUUUA